CUGAAAUGACUCCUGAACAACAAAGAGAACAAUUUAUUCGUGGUUUAAAUCCUAUGAACCAUCCACCAUCUUCUUUUCCAAUUUUUCCGACAGCCAAUCCAUAUGCAGAUACUAACAGAUCAGGGCUGACUAAAAGUGAAAUCGAAGAUUUGAUAAAAACUACAAUGGCAUCCUCACAGCCUCAAACAGCUCAACAAAAUACCGAUUUGCAGUCUACCAUUAAAUCCUUGCAAGAGACUAUGUCUCGAGCGAUUAAAAUACUAGAUAAUAGUAAAAAAUCAGCUGAUAAGAGAGCGGAAGAUAAUACAUAG